AUGACGAAAAAUGCUUCUCAUCAUCAAAUCAAAUCGGGUAUACAUGGAGGUUGGCUUGGUUGGUGGCCUAUUAUGAUUCUACAUGAUUAUAAAGCCACCGAGGUACUGGUUAGAGAUAAUGUUAUACAUAAACCCGUAUUCUACAAAUUCACUGGACUCAGAGAGGGUUUGAUCUCUUCGGUUGGACGCAAAUGGAAAAUGAGACGAAAAAUGAUUGAACCUUUUUUCGUUAGCAAAAAGACAAAAGAGUUUGCAAUGAUUUCUGACAGUGUUUUUGCUCCAAUGAUAAACGGAAACGAUUUCUGCGAAGAGGGAAAAUAUCUAACACUCGUCGAAAAACUUCAUUCAUCAACAGGUAACAUUAUUCUCAAUGCCACCGCAGGUGUACCGAUAGAAAAAGAACAAGAAGAGAAAAAUUUUCUUAACAAGACUAUGCACCUAAUGGAAACGAACACGAUGGCAAGAAUAUGCAAUCCACCUUUAUGGUUCGAUUGGAUUUUCAAUGUAACCAAAGCAGGUAGAAAAACCGCCAAGUCGAUGGCCAGAUUGUAUAAAUUUCUUGAUCGUUGUAUCAUACGGAAUAUUGACAAUUCGAAUGAGAUUGAUAAAUAUUAUCAAUCGGACUCGUCAUCUUUAAAUUUAGUCAAAAUUCUGCUCACAUCUAACAAAGGAAAAAUCGAUUUAGAAGGAAUCAAUGAAGAGCUGUUGACCGCAGUAUCCGCUGGCUAUCAAAUUCCUUUCAAUUGCCUGGAAAAGUACUCGAUACCGUUCACAAAUUAUCGAGUAAUAUCAAUAUCGAUAAUAUUACUCGUUAAAAAAGUAUCAGCGCAACACUACGCUGGACAUGAUAGUUCAGCUUUAACUCUAAACACUUUGUUGUUCAUUUUGGGAAACUAUCCCGAUAUCCAAGAAAAACUGUACCAAGAGAUUUCAUCAAUGUAUGAAAAAAAUGAAUCGGUUAAUGACAUUGAAAAGGUUAAACAUUGCGAGUAUCUUGAUAAGUGUCUCAAAGAAUCAAUGAGACUUUAUCCUGUUAUACCUUUGAUAGCAAGAGAACUGGAGGAACCAAUUGAGAUAAAUGGUUACAAUUUGCCAAAAGGAUCAAUAAUAAUAUGUAAUAUUUAUGUUCAUCGAGAUCCUCGAAUUUAUCCCAAUCCGACUCAAUAUGAUCCAGAGCGUUUCGAUUCAUCAAAUUUACCAAAUAUUCCUAAAGAAGCUUAUAUACCUUUCGGGAUAACACCAAGAGUUUGUAUCGGGUCUCGAUUUGCAUUAAUCGAAAUGAAAAUUUUUCUAAUUCAUCUGAUAAGAAAAUAUAAAAUUUUCUCAUCCAAGAAACUUGAAGAUGUUUCUUUCGAAAUGGAUUUAACUUUAAAGCCUUCAAGCCCAUUGGAAAUUAUGCUUCGUAAGCGAACCAACUGAUCAAUUUAUCUUAAUUAACAGUGAAAUCCCCUAAUCAUCUUUUAAGUAAAUAAGAAAAUACAUACAGCCAUGUAUAGUAUAUUCUCUCUGAUUUUUGUCGUUCAAUUUAUUAAAUACAAAAACUUAUUGGUC